AUGGUUCUAGAUGCGGCUGAAGGAGUAGCUACUGCCAUGCUACUUGUCUCUGCGAGCUUUGAUUCCUCGGACGGCAACACACGGCUGAGGGCACCCCUUCGCCGAACGAAUGGCUUCUCUGGCCGUAUUUCGUAUUUCGCCGAGCACAAGCAGCAAUCAGCAUCUGAACCGCAGGUGGCACCGUAUCUCUGCGUGCCUACUGGCGGCCAGGCCAAUGCAGCCUACGGUGUUAUGCUUCUCUGGGGCCACACUCGCAUCUCCUGGACCGAGGGCAGCAUGGAACUCUUCUGCAGCAUGAUGAUUAUUGCUUCGUGCUGCGUUUGUCGCAGGUGCACUCGACGGGUUGAUAGGGCUGCUUUUCAGCUGAGCACAACAGCCACGGCCCGUUCUGAUUCAGAUAGGACCAACAUCCCGAAGACCCUGAACGCCACCAAUUGUUGCGUGGGGGGCCAACUGCUUGUCGACGACGAAGGUGCCGUUGUAUCUCAGGCGGCUGGCCGCCCCUGGUGCUGGUGGCGGACGGUCAUUGAGCCAGGGCAAACACACCCUGGUUGUCUACUGUAUCUUCCGACUCAGUCUCGUCCCGUCUCUUCCUCAAACUAUUGA